AUGUUCCAAUGUCCAAAAUGCCAAAGGACCUUCACAGUGAGGAAAAGUUUGUUGAGACACUGUAGAGAGCGGUGCAGCCAGGAUGGGGAGCCCGCAUCCAAGUGUCCGUGUAAUGCAACCGCUUCACGCAGCACUGCAGACAAGUGGGAAUGUUCUCGAUGCCAGCAAAAAUUCUCGGCACCUAAAGGUUUACUGCGACAUGGUAGAGAGGUCUGCACAAGCGAGAAGAGUCCACCCGAACAACAACGUGUAGAAGCUAGUAUCACCCAGACUACCACAGGACUCAAUACCAGACGACUGGAUCCUUCAACAGCCAACGGUGCAGUACCGGAACCGAGUCGAAUGAGUCCAACCACCAACAACGACUCACAGACGAGUGCGGAAAGCAGAACAAUUCUCUGUGAUAGUUGCAACUGUGAGGUACCGAGGAAUGCACAUGCAGCACAUCUGAAAAGCAUCAAACAUAAGGCAAAUCUAUGGACACCUUUACACAAUAAUGUGUCACACCAAUAUAGUGAUAAGGUGUCGUUAGCAUACACGGACACUGAUUCGUUAAUAGUACAUGUUGAAGCCGAUAAUUUCUAUGAAGACAUGAAAUCACACAUGCAUUACUUUGACACAUCUAAUUAUGAUGCGGACAACCCACAUAACAUGCCUCGAACAGCAUCAGAGUUGGGUAAGAUGAAAGAUGAAUAUGGUGGCAAGGUACUGUCUGCCUUUUAUGGUACAGGUCCCACAGCAUACUGUAUCGAUGCUGUAGAUCAAGUGGCUAAACGAGCCAAAGUUUUAAAGAUGAGUACCAAGACAUACUAUUCACUGUUCAUGCAAUUAUGUCAUGUAACUGAAGAGGUGUUGAAAAAACAGUUCCGACAGUUUGUGUCUCAAAAUCCAGAAAAACGAGAAUUUCCAGUGCUGAGUUUUGUACUGGAGGAAAUUACAGUACCCGACGAAGUAUUCAACUGGAUUGCAAAUGCAGAUAGUUGCCAUCCCGAUGUGCUUUCCAGUGUAAUAACAAGAAAGAAACAUCUUGACUGGGUGGUACAGGAAACGCUACCAAGUCUAAAGGAUACAGGUUGUGAGGUUUUAAGCAUCAAAGAAUUUGGAGACCUGCUGGCGGACAUGCACUGCACACCAUCUGCAUAUGAACAAUACAAUUUGUGUAAGUUGUUUUCUGACAGUAACUAUGAAGAUGUAGAUCAACCACAUCCUGUAGAAAAUAUUACUAAGAGGUAUAAAGACACUGUAUCCCAUAUCGAUGAAACCACAUGUAAAAUCGCAUAUCUGGCUGAUUGUGCAUCACUGAAGAGUCUAAUCGAUGUGAUACAGCAGCAUGAUAUUAAAUUUGUAUUUCAUAUAGAAAAUAAGAUAAGACAUUAUACUGUAUUUAAAUGGUUAAAGAAAAACGUAGCCAAAGGUAACAUUGGAGAUAAGUCACUAGGAUGGAGUUCUGGACCAUGUGGUGUGAAAUGGCCAUCCACCAAAUUUGAAGAUUAUGUUGCAUGUUUGAGUGUCUUUCUGUGUUGUAUGACAGAAAUAUAUCAUAAAUAA